AUGUCCCCACCAUCGCUGCCACCUCCUCAUCUCCCCAUUGCAUCACACACACCUCCUCAUCUCCCCACUGCCUCACACACACCUCCUCAUCUCCCCAUUGCCUCACACACACCUCCUCUCCCCACUGACUCACACACACAUCCUCAUCUCCCCACUGACUCACACACACCUCCUCAUCCACAUCUCUGCCUCACACCCACCUCCUCAUCUACAUCUCUGCCUCACACCCACCUCCUCAUCUACAUCUCUGCCUCACACCCACCUCCUCAUCUACAUCUCUGCCUCACACCCACCUCCUCAUCUACAUCUCUGCCUCACACCCACCUCCUCAUCUACAUCUCUGCCUCACACCCACCUCCUCAUCUACAUCUCUGCCUCACACCCACCUCCUCAUCUACAUCUCUGCCUCACACCCACUUCCUCAUCUACAUCUCUGCCUCACACCCACCUCCUCAUCUACAUCUCUGCCUCACACCCACCUCCUCAUCUACAUCUCUGCCUCACACCCACCUCCUCAUCUACAUCUCUGCCUCACACCCACCUCCUCAUCUACAUCUCUGCCUCACACCCACCUCCUCAUCUACAUCUCUGCCUCACACCCACCUCCUCAUCUACAUCUCUGCCUCACACCCACUUCCUCAUCUACAUCUCUGCCUCACACCCACCUCCUCAUCUACAUCUCUGCCUCACACCCACCUCCUCAUCUACAUCUCUGCCUCACACCCACCUCCUCAUCUACAUCUCUGCCUCACACCCACCUCCUCAUCUACAUCUCUGCCUCACACCCACCUCCUCAUCUACAUCUCUGCCUCACACCCACCUCCUCAUCUACAUCUCUGCCUCACACCCACCUCCUCAUCUACAUCUCUGCCUCACACCCACCUCCUCAUCUACAUCUCUGCCUCACACCCACCUCCUCAUCUACAUCUCUGCCUCACACCCACCUCCUCAUCUACAUCUCUGCCUCACACCCACUUCCUCAUCUACAUCUCUGCCUCACACCCACCUCCUCAUCUACAUCUCUGCCUCACACCCACCUCCUCAUCUACAUCUCUGCCUCACACCCACCUCCUCAUCUACAUCUCUGCCUCACACCCACCUCCUCAUCUACAUCUCUGCCUCACACCCACCUCCUCAUCUACAUCUCUGCCUCACACCCACCUCCUCAUCUAUCUACAUCUCUGCCUCACACCCACCUCCUCAUCUACAUCUCUGCCUCACACCCACUUCCUCAUCUACAUCUCUGCCUCACACCCACCUCCUCAUCUACAUCUCUGCCUCACACCCACUUCCUCAUCUACAUCUCUGCCUCACACCCACCUCCUCAUCUACAUCUCUGCCUCACACCCACCUCCUCAUCUACAUCUCUGCCUCACACCCGCUUCCUCAUCUACAUCUCUGCCUCACACCCACCUCCUCAUCUACAUCUCUGCCUCAUGCAAAUGGACUUCCCCACGUUCCCUUCCGGCCGUCCCCGCUUUCCCAUUCCCGUCGCCCCCACCUUCGGCUCCCCGUUGUCCCACCUUCCCCUUCCCGUCGUCCCACCUUCCCCUUCCCGUCGUCCCACCUUCCCCUUCCCGUCGUCCCACCUUCCCCUUCCCGUCGCACCUAUUUUCCCCUUCCCAUCGUCCACAUUUUCCCCUUCCAAUCGUCCCCAUUUUCCCCUUCGAAUCGUCCCCAUUUUCCCCUUCCAAUCGUCCCCAUUUUCCCCUUUCCAAUCGUCCCCAUUUUCCACUUCCAAUCGUCCCCAUUUUCCCCUUCCAAUCGUCCCCAUUUUCCCCUUCCAAUCGUCCCCAUUUUCCCCUUCCAAUCGUCCCCAUUUUCCCCUUCCAAUCGUCCCCAAUUUCCCCUUCCAGUAGUCCCCACGUUCCCUUCCCGUCACCCCCACCUUCCCCGUCCCGUCAUCCCACCUUUCCCCUUCCCGUCAUCAUGAAUAAGCUCACUUUUCCUCCUUCUACCACUUACUCUCAGCUCACAUCUAUGGCUCCCACACCUAAACCCACCUCCAUCACCACUUACUCUCAUCUCACCUCCCCAACCACCAUUCUCCCGUUCUCCGAUCCUCAUCAACUCCCGCCCACACAUCCUCAUCCCUCUCCCCCCCCUCCCCCCAAUUCUCCAUUACCCAUCUCCUCCCGUCCACUUGAUGUCAUCUCUAUCCGUUCCCCCGGUGUCACCCCCUCCAACCCCAAACUCGUCUUCCCCUCUGCCUCCCCUCGCUGUCCCUUUCGGACCCUCCCAUCAUCUCCCCCUUUGCCUCACCUUAAUUCUCCCUCUGCCUCCCAUCAUCUCCCCCUUUGCCUCCCCUCAAUUCUCCCUCUGCCUCCACUAAUCCUCCCCUCUGCCUCCACUCAUCCUCCGCUCUGCCUCCACUCAUCCUCCCCUCUGCCUCCACUCAUCUGCCCCUUUGCCUUAGAUCAUCUAACCCUGAGCGACACCGGCGCGCACAAAACCCACUCUCCUGUCAUGGGCAGGUUGAUUGGAGGCAAUCGCAACACCUCCACUAUCCCUGACACCGUCACCGCCCUCAACUCUAUGCUCGCUCUACCCUUCUGGAACUCACUUGUCUGCUGUGCCCUUCCUCUCUCCUUCCCCCCGCCCAGCACAGAUCGCUUCCACCUCCCAUGGACAACACCAACGUGCACAAAAGAUGUGAGCCGCUGCCUGCCUUCCCUCCUGCCCUCCCCCCAACUUCCCCUUUGCCUCCCCUUAUCUUCCCCCCUAUCUUCAUCCAUCCUCACCUCCGCCUCCCCUCAUCCUCCCCUUUGCCUCUCCUCAUCUCCCCUCCGCCACCCCUCAUCUGUGAAGCGCACCUGGGGUGAUAGAGAUGACAGCGCAGCUAAAAAUAGAGGCGACAUCGAUGCAGGGGACGAUGGGGAAGUGAAACCAUGGAGACCCUGA